AUGGCAUGCCGUAUCGGUUUGUCUUGUAAGUGGAAUCCAUACUUAUCACGUACGGGGCUUGUUAUGAUAGCAAUCUACAAGGAUAUACAUGCAUUUGAAUCAUUUUGGAAAAUUUUUAUGCAAGGGAAAAAAUAUGGAUAUCCAACCUUGUAUUGUGCUGCAUCAUGGGGAGUUGCUGGUAGGUUAGGAGACCGUAAGGGUCAAGAUGAUGAUCAUGUUGAUGAUGGUGAUGCUUCAUCAGAGUAUGAAUCUUUGUCAAACUCUAAUGAUGAUGAUGAUGAUGAGUGUGGUUUUCUAUUGCCACAACCUGGUAAGAAAAAGAAAAGAGUCAGCAAACAAACUAGCCAUUAUUUACCCUUUCCAACACACUCAGAAACAGAGUCCCCUUUCUAUUUAGGACAGAAGUUCAAGGAUAUUGUGGAAUUGAGAGAAGCUAUUACCACUUACUCUGUAAGCAUAGGGAGGGAUAUAAAGUAUAUAAAAAAUGACAAAACAAGGAUAGGGGCAAAAUGCAAGGCAAGGGAAAGGGGAUGUCCUUGGUACUUAUGGGCAUCAAUGAGUGGCAAUGGGACAUUAAGUGUGAAGACUCAUAUCCCGCAACACAACUAUGGGAGAGUGGCAAGAGUGAAAAAAAUAAGAGCUACAUGGAUUGCUAGUAAAUACCAUGGUAAGUUCAAAAUUAAUCCAUACUUGAAGUGUCAAGAAAUUGUUGACUCUAUAUGGUCUGAGUGGGGGAUCAAGAUUUCACUUUGGAUGGCUUUGAAAGCAAGAAGAAUGGCUCAUAGGUUGAUAUUAGGUGAAUAUAAAGAACAGUACUUACUCCUUCACAGAUAUGCUCAAGAAAUUCUUAGGUCUAAUCCUGAUAACACAGUGAAGUUCAAGUUGAAUAACAAUGGGUUCCUAGUUGGUUGUAGGCCCUUUUUUGGAUUAGGUGGAUGUUUUUUAAAAGGUCCUUAUGGGGGUCAACUUCUUGUUGCUGUUGACAGAGAUGGGAACAACCAAAUGUUCCCAAUUGCCUGGGCUUGUGUUGAAAUUGAAAACACAGAGACAUGGACAUGGUUUUUGUGUUUACUUGCUGAUGACUUAGGUACAGCCGAUGGUGCUGGUUAUACCAUCAUGAGUGACCAACAAAAAGGGUUGCUCAAGGCUGUUGGUGACAUAUGGCCUAGUGCAAACACAAGAGUUUGUGCUCGACAUGUCUAUUGCAAUUUUAGGCUGAAAUUUGGAGGUAGUUUGCAAUACAGGAGAUUGUUUUGGAAAGUGGCUAAAAGCACAACAGAGAAUGAAUUUACUAGAAACAUGCAGCUCUUCUCCUUAAUGUCAGUCAAAGUAGGUGAAGACUUGAUGAAGAGAAAUUAUAAGAAGUGGGUGAGGGCUUUUUUGACUUCAACAUCACAGUGUGAGAGCAUUGAUAAUAACAUGAAUGAAGUUUUCAAUGCUUACAUACUUUCUAGCAGACACAAGUCCAUCAUAACCAUGCUAGAAGAUAUUAGAGAAAGCCUAAUGGAGAGGCUUCACAAGAAAAGGGACUUCAUUGGUAACAAGGACAUUCAAAUCCGUCCUAGAAUCAAAAAGAAAUUAAAGAAGUCAAAGAUAGAUGCAAGAGGUUGGGUUGCAUUUUGGGAUGGCCAUUUCACAUAUGGGGUUAGGGAAGGGGCAACUCAAACUAGAUAUGUUCUUAGUGGAGUGCCAUGUAAUCAUGCUGUUGCAGCAAUUUGGAAAGCCAUUGAGCACCCGGAACGUUAUGUAUCAACUUGGUUCACUAAGGAGAAAUACUUAAAGGCUUAUGAGUUCCCACUUGAGCCUUUAAAUGGACCCCAAGAGCGGCCUGAGUCCCCUUAUGCUCCAAUACAAGCCCCGAUGAUCAAGAAACUCCAAAACAGACCAACUACAAAGAGAAAGCCAUCUUUGGGUGAGGUAGAAGGCUGCAAGCAGUCAAAGAAGGGAGAGUUACACAAAUGCACUAAUUGUGGAGAAGCUGGGCAUAACAAAAGAAAAUGUCCAUUGCCAUUGAUAGAUAAUCCUAUGCCUCAGUCAUCAAAGCCAGCUAAAUCAUCACAGGUGGGUGACUCUACUGAAUCAGGGCAACAUCAGGCCCCAAAGAAGUUGAAGCAGACAUCAGCAACUAAAGGAAAGAGGAAAGGGAAGGGAAACAUUGUACCAGACAGCAGUAGUCAAGUAAAUCUCCCUAUACACAACAGAGGUGUGGGACUUUACACUUAUCCUAAAGGUUACACCAGGCAGGCAGUGUACAUCAACCAAAAUCAAGCACUAUCAACUCCUCAGUCAAAUUUGAUAGAUUUAACAAUAGAUUAAUGAGGUUACUACACAUGAUGGAAGAAGGAGCUAUCUUUUAUACUGUUAAGUUGGUGUAACGACUAUUUUUUGGAAUUCUCAGCAAACCUCUUAUUUUGACAGUUGGAAUAUUUAGUGAAUACUUGGAAUUAUUUUUAUUUUUUUUUGUAAAAGUUGGAAUAUUUUGAUAUUUUGGCAGUUGGAAUGUUUGAAAUGUAUUAAAUGCUUUGAGGACUUAACUUUUGUAUUAGAAGGACUUAACUUUUUAUUUAGAAGGAUUUAACUUUUUGGCCGGAGCUCAGGUGGGUUAACUUGCCGGAAAACUAACCACAGGUCCUUAAAGGUGAAAAAAUAAGUGUCAGGUCCUUAAAGGUGAAAAAGGUCAAAUGUUAAGUGCUUCCUUUAUGCUUAACUCUAAAUCAGUUAAUACAAUCAGCUAGUCAAAAUAAGCUAAUAUAAUUAGCUUCAGCUUUCAACUUUAAGCUAUUCACCAAACACGGUCUUUACAAUAUUUAAUUACUUUCCCUCACCUAGUGGACCCAACAUAUUUAUAUUUUAUUAAUUUCGUAUUAUCUCUCCUUUAAUUCUCUCCACUUACUCACUAUCUCUAUAUAAUUUUUCAUCUUUAAGGACCUGACACUUAUUUUUUAUUCUUCCACUCACUCACUAUAUCUAUAUUUUAUUAUUUUCUCCAAUUUUUCUUAAAACUCUAUGUAUGGAGAAA